AUGCCUCGCGAGGAGUCGUUCGCGCGGCUGGGCGGGCUGUCGUGGGAGCAGUGGUCGGCGCGCCUGGCGCUGCCGCUGGUGGCCGGCAUGCGCGUCGCGCCGCCGCCCGCGCCCGGCGAGCCCGCCUUCACCUGCCCCGACUGCGGCCGCGUCUACAAGCUCAAGUCCUCGCUCCGCAACCACCAGAAGUGGGAGUGCGGCAAGGAGCCCCAGUUCCAGUGCCCCUACUGUGUGUACCGCGCCAAGCAGAAGAUGCACAUCGCGCGCCACAUGGAGCGCAUGCACCGCGAGGUGCAGGUCAAGCACGAGCAGUUCCUCAAGCGAGACAACGUGGAUGCCUUUGCACAGUUGUACACACCUUAUAUAUUGGGUUACGGUACGGCCGGUCUGAGUAGCGGCAAAGUCGGGUGGACGCUAUAUGAGUGCGUGGAUUGUGGGAACAAAUACAAGCACAAGGGUUCUCUGCAGCGACACAUUAAAUACGAAUGUAGGAAACAGCCGAGUUUCAAGUGUCCUUACUGCGUGUAUCGCGCCUAUCAGAAGCAUAAUUUGCUUCUACACGAACGACAUCUGCAUAAAGAUUUACCAGAGAAGGUGGAUUUCGUGUCGGAAUGA